AUGUCGUUUCGUGAGAAGAUGCCGACGAGCCCCAAUUCACCUCUGACUAGAAGACGGCGUUCGAGCUGGUCCGGCUCUUGGCUCAACCAUCCUGCUACGUCUUUCAAGCAAGUAGUCUCCGCCGUUAUCCAGGCUCAGUCCCCUAGAUCCAGGUCCAAAUCCCUAACCCCUGAUUUCUCCGACAUCGACCGGACACUCUCCUUGUCCGAUUCUCUCCUCCUCAAGAUCCUCCAAAAGCUUCCACAAUCACAGAACGACGAUUUGUCUCUCGUCUGUAAACGCUGGUUGGCUCUCCAGGGACGACGUCUAAUGACUCUCAAGCUUUACGAUUGGGAUUUUCUCUUGUCAGGUAAGCUUCUCUCCAGGUUCCCCAAGCUCACGGAUCUUGAUUUGGGGACCGCCUGUAUCAAUCCGACUCGAAACUCGGGUAUUUUGGUCUGUCACAAGUCGAUUUCGUUUCAUAUAUCUUCCGAUUCGUCGAAUUCGGAUUUUGUUGAGGAGAAUAUUUUGCAGAGUGAAAUGAUUGAUAGAGGGCUUAGGGUAUUAGGAAGAGGGAGUUGCGAUUUACUCAAACUCGUUGUGAUUAAUGCUACUGAACUGGGGUUACUUGGUUUAGCUGAAGACUGCUCGGAUUUGCGAGAGCUAGAAUUGCACAAAUGUAGUGAUAAUCUCUUGCGUGGCAUCGCUGCGUGUGAGAAUCUGAGAGCCUUGAGAUUGGUUGCUAGCGUAGACGGUCUGUAUAAUUCUUCGGUUUCCGAUAUAGGUUUAACCAUCUUAGCACAAGGGUGUAAGAGACUAGUGAAGCUUGAGCUUAGUGGUUGUGAAGGUAGCUUUGAUGGGGUUAAAGCGAUUGGGCAAUGUUGUGAAGUGCUUGAUGAGCUGACCAUUUGUGACCAUAGAAUGGAUGAUGGUUGGAUAGCUGCGCUUUCCUACUUUGACAAGUUGAAGACAUUGAGAAUUUCGUCAUGCAGAAAGAUAGAUCCUAGUCCUGGACCAGAAAAGUUGCUGGGAUCUUGUCCAGCUCUGGAGAGUUUGCAACUCCAGAGGUCUUGUUUGAACGACAAGGACGGGUUGAGAGCAUUGUUUAAGGUCUGUGAUGGAGCAAAAAAGUUUAAUAUUCAGGAUUGCUGGGGACUGGAUGAUGAUUCUUUCAGCUUGGCCAAGGCUUUCAGGAGGGUGAAGUAUCUUUCUUUGGAAGGAUGCUCAAUCUUAACAACAAGCGGUUUAGAGUCGGUAAUUCUACGCUGGGAAGAGCUUGAGAGCAUGAGUGUAGUGUCAUGUAAGAACAUAAAAGAUAGCGAAAUUUCAGCGGCGCUCUCGUCUUUGUUCUCUCUUCUCAAAGAACUGAAGUGGAGACCAGACACAAGGUCUCAUCUCUCAUCGAGUCUCGAAGGUGCCGGAAUUGGAAAGAGAGGCAGCAAAUUCUUCAAGAAGAGAUGA